AUGUGUGGGCAUGCAUUUACCCAGAAGUCAGAUCUCAUGAGACACCAGAGGAGAUACUCAGGGGAGAAGCCUUAUGUUUGCAAGGAGUGUGGGCAAAGUUAUGCCAUUAAGUCGUAUCUCAUUAUACACCAGAGAACACACUCAGGAGAGAAGCCUUAUGUUUGCAACGAGUGUGGGCAGAGGUUUACCUGGUUUUCAACUCUAAUAGCACACCAGAGGAGACACUCAGGGGAGAAACCUUAUGUUUGCAAGGAGUGUGGCCAAGACUUUAUCAUGAAGUCUGAUCUCGUCAGACACGAGAGGACACACACAGGGGAGAAGCCUUUUGUUUGCAAUGAGUGUGGGCAAGCCUUUUCCCUGAAGUCAAAUCUCAUUACACAUCAGAGGACACACUCGGGGGAGAAGCCUUUUGUAUGCAAGGAGUGUGGAAGGGGCUUUACUCAGAAUUUUAUUCUCAUCACACAUCUGAGGACACAUUCAGGAGAGAAGCCCUAUGUUUGUGAGGAGUGUGGACAAAGCUUCACCUGUAAGUCAACUCUUAUUGUCCAUCGGAGGAGACACUCAGGGGAGAAGCCUUAUGUAUGUGAGCAGUGUGGGCAAGGCUUUACCCAGAAGUCACAUCUAGUAACACACCACAGGACACACUCAGGGGAGAAGCCUUAUGUUUGUAAAGAGUGUGGGCAAAGCUUUACCAGAAACUCACAUCUCAUUAGUCACAAGAGGACACAUUCAGGGGAAAAGCCUUAUAUUUGCAAAGUGUGUGGGAGAGGCUUUACCCAGAAUUCUAAUCUCAUCACACAUCUGAGGACACACUCGGGGGAGAAACCUUUCAUUUGCAAAAAUUGUGGGCAAAGCUUUGCCAGGAGAUCGAGUCUUCUCAGACAUCAGAGGAAACACUGA